AAAAUUCAGACAUUAAUUAUUGUCAUGGUACCUAUUCUUGCUCUGUUUAAACUGUUUUAGAAUAAUAAACAUUAUUGAUUUAAUAUUUGAUUAUUUUAUGCAUAUAUUUAUUAAAUUAAUAUCGCUACAAUAAUAUUUGGUUUUUAUAUGAUCAGUAUUAUUUAUAGUUGAACCAUGAAUGAUUAUUCCAUUGAACCAGUAGUUGAUUCAGAAUUGUACGAAGUUGAAGAAAUUAGACAUUUGUAUGACCUUUUUGAUGUUAUAAGUGUUCAUAAAGUACAAAAUCCACUGCUUUGGGGCUUAUACACACUAAGAAAAAAUGAAAUGGAAAUAAAUACAAAAAAUAUUAAGGUAAAUGAAUGGCUUUUAUAUCACGUUACUGCCACUAAAAAUGUUCAAUCAAUUGCUGAGAAUAAUUUGGACUGGCGUUUCACAAAUCGUUGUCGAUAUGGAAAAGGUGUAUGUUUUUCAUAUUGCCCUUUGUAUGCCAACCGAUAUGCAUCAUGUGCUCAGGGAUCAACUUCUGCAGUAGAUUACGAUGAAAAUCUAAUGCAAAUACUUAUUAAUAUGGGUUUUCCAAGAGAAGCAAUCAAACGAGCAUUAUUUUAUACUUAUAACCAAGGCCUAGAAUGUGCGACCAAAUGGCUUAUGGACCAUAUUACAGAUAAUAAUUUUGCUGAACCUUUUGUUCCUUCCAGACAUGACUUCAAUAGUGAAAUUUCAAUUGAGCGAGCAUUUAUAAUUUGUCGAGUCUUAGUUCAAAGAACUAAAGAUGUUAACGUCAAUUAUAAUUUGAAUGUUAUACCUAAUGUUUUUGAUACUGCUAAAUCAUUAAAUGGCAUGGUUUAUGUAAAAUUCAAUGAUUACGAAUUUUAUCCACAGUACAUUGUAUAUUACAGAGAACAUACGACAGAACAUAAUUUAACUCAAUAUGCUGAUCCGUAUUCAUGCAAUUUCAAUUAUAACUAUUGUGCUGAUCAAUGAUAACAGUAUUUUGACUUAUGCAUAUUAAUAGCAGCAACAUUAUUAUUACAGAUUAACCGAACAAACAUUAUAUAACUCAUAUAUCAAGUAUUUUUAGUAUAAAGGUAUAUUUAUUAAUUUAUAUUUUAUACUUAAUAACACAAUAAUGUUAGUUGUUAAGCAAACGCAUGAUUUAAAUAAAAUAAAAGUAAUAUAUUUUAAAAUACCUUAUAAA